AUGCUUUUUCCGAGGGAUUCGGAGAGUCGACAAAUCCGGAAUUUAGAUGGAAUGUGGAAUUUUCGUCUUGACACUUCCAGCAACAGAAAUGCCAGCUUUGAACAGAAGUGGUUUGCAAGAGAAUUAUAUAAGUCAGGAACUGUAAUACCUAUGCCAGUACCAUCCAGUUAUAAUGAUAUCUAUGAUGAUAAAACUAUUAGAAAUUUUGUGGGUUGGGCCUGGUAUGAUAGACAGUUUUACGUUCCAGCUGAUUGGAAGAAUAAAAGAAUUGUAUUGAGAUUUGACAGCGCUCAUUACUAUUCCAUUGUGUAUGUGAAUGCAAAAGAAGUAAUGAGACAUGAUGGAGGUCAUCUUCCAUUUGAAGCAGACAUUAAUUCCUAUGUGAAUUUUGAUGGUCCAAAUACUGUGACUCUAGCUUUAAACAAUACUCUAAUGGAACAUACUCUACCACCAGGAUCACUAACAUUUGAACGUGAUACCAAUAGAUAUCCCUCAGGUUAUUUUGUACAGAAUGUUCAGAUGGAUUUCUUUAACUAUGCUGGUAUACAUCGUCAUGUUCGUAUAUAUUCUACUCCUAAAACAUAUAUAGAUGAUAUUACUAUAACAACUGAUAUCAACAAAACAGCAGGUAUUGUUAACUAUAAGAUAGUACCAGGAGGUAAUGCAGCAUUUGUUAUGGUAACCGUGGAAAUCGUAGAUAAAGAUGGAAAAGUUGUAGGAAGUAAACAAGCUUUAGAUGGCAGUAUCAGUAUUGAUAAUGCUCACUUCUGGUGGCCAUAUACCAUGAAUGUCACUGAUACUGCUUAUUUAUAUACUAUGAAGGUGACGCUGGGUAAUCCAUCAUCAGCAGAUAAAGAUGUAUAUAGAAUACCGUUUGGUAUUAGAACUGUUAAAAUGACUACCAAUCAAUGGUUAAUUAACAAUCAACCAUUUUACUGUCAUGGUGUCAAUAAACACGAAGAUGCUGAUAUUCGAGGAAAAGGACUAGACUAUGCUCUAAUAGCUAGAGAUUUUGCUAUGUUAAAAUGGUUAGGAGCUAAUUGUUUUAGAACAUCACAUUAUCCGUAUGCUGAAGAGAUUCUAGAUGAAGCUGAUAGACAGGGUAUUGUUAUUAUUGAUGAAAGCCCUGGUGUUGGUAUCACUCAACCAGCUAAUUUUAAGAAUGAGUCUUUAGCCCACCACAAAGAAGUUAUGGAAGAGUUAGUAAGAAGAGAUAAAAAUAGACCAGCUGUCAUGGUGUGGUCAGUAGCCAAUGAACCCAAAAGUCAAUUUCCAGAAGCUGGACCAUAUUUCAAGGGUGUGAUAGAACAUACUAGAAGUUUAGAUUCAACUAGACCUGUAACGUUUGUGUGUAAUAACCAUGAUUUUAACAAUGAACAUGCUGUAAAACUACCCUAUCCAGUCAUGUUUUCAGAAUAUGGUGCUGAUACUAUAGCUGGUCUUCAUAGGGAACCAUCAUUUGUGUUCAGUGAGGAAUACCAAGUAGAUUUUAUGAGUGAAUAUCAUAAAGCAUUUGAUAGACAUCGAAAUGAUUAUUUUGUUGGUGAACUUGUGUGGAAUUUUGCUGAUUUCAUGACAGUACAGGGUAUUACAAGAGUAAAUGGUAAUAGAAAAGGUGUAUUGACUAGACAAAGAGAACCAAAGGCUUCAGCCCAUUUACUAAGAAAACGUUAUAUGUCUAUAUUUAAUGCUACAUUCACUAUGAAUAGCUAUUGUUAA